AUGGCUAGCAGAACCCAAUUUGAAAAUUCGAACGAGGUGGGCGUCUUCUCCAAGUUGACCAAUUCAUACUGCCUUGUCGCCGUCGGCGGCUCAGAGAACUUCUACUCUGCCUUUGAGGCCGAGCUUGGAGAUGUCGUCCCCAUCGUCAGAACCACCAUUGCCGGUACCCGUAUUGUGGGCCGUAUGACCGCUGGUAACAGACGUGGUCUCUUGGUGCCAACGCAAACGACCGACCAGGAGCUAAUGCAUUUGAGAAACUCGUUGCCAGACAGCGUCAAGAUCCAGAGAGUCGAGGAGAGAUUGUCUGCACUCGGCAAUGUCAUUUGCUGCAACGACUACGUUGCUCUUGUUCAUCCAGAUAUCGAAAGAGAGACGGAAGAGUUGAUCGCCGACGUGCUUGGCGUGGAGGUGUUCCGUCAGACCAUCGCAGGUAAUGUGUUGGUUGGCUCUUACUGUUCGUUAUCUAACCAGGGUGGUCUCGUGCACCCACAAACCACCAUCCAGGACCAGGAGGAGUUGUCUUCGCUUUUGCAGGUUCCUCUUGUGGCCGGUACUGUCAACAGAGGUUCAUCUGUUGUCGGCGCCGGUAUGGUUGUCAAUGACUGGUUGGCUGUCGCUGGUUUGGAUACCACGGCGCCCGAAUUGUCUGUGGUGGAGUCUAUCUUCAGGUUGCAGGACGCCCAGCCCGACGCUAUUGCGGGUAACUUGAGAGAUACGUUGAUCGAGACAUACACUUAA